AUGUCUACCUCUUUAAGGGUAAAUGCUUUUUUGGAUCGAGUCAAGAACGUUUCGCAGACACCUGCACCUCCAGCUUAUUCACACAAGCAGGACUUAGGAAGACACUAUGCAAGAGCAAUAACCCAGCCUGUAUCAAAAUCUCCCAAAGUAGACGAAUCUAUUGUGAGCGAAUCAAAUGAUUUUAGGACCAGCACGCCAACUUCAGAAACACAAAGCUACUCACCAGAAUUAAGCAGCAAAUCCAGAAAAGCUUCAGAUUAUUCGUCACUUAUAAAGACUCCGCCUAAGUUUCGUCCCAAUGACGGGAUGAAGCCAUCGAGAGUUAUGUCGAAAAAUCAUGACGCUCCUAAAGAGAUAGAAAGGCUUACAAAUGAGUUUCUGAAGUCAAGAAGAGUAUUAGAAAAACAAAUAGAAAAUAAAAAACAAAAUGAGAUUCAUACAUUAGCUUUAUUAAAAAAUUUCAUUGAACGUGAAAGAAAUAAAGCUAAAUUGGACCCAGAAACUACGCUAAUUAAAGACAUGUAUGAAAAGAAAACUGAAAAAUUCUUGCAGGCGAUUGAAGAAGAAGUGAAAGUUAUGGACAAAAAAUUGCUUGAUGCCCAGGAAGAAAAUAGACAGUUGAGAAGAAUGAAUGGAGGGUCGCCUAUGAGAAAUGAUAGUAAAACUGCGAUUGGGAAAAUUGAAAAAGAAGCGAAAUUGGAAAUAAAGCAGAGGUAUGGAGAGCUUGUGCAGGAUAUAUCAUCGUCUAUAAAGAUAUCGAGUAAUGGGAAAUAUUCAGUUAGAGUUGAUGAAGCUGUCAAUAAGUGGUAUAAAAAUAUUGACUUGCAGCAAGAAGAGUGAAGCUUAAUGAAGACAGCCCUAUGUAAGGAGCUAAGCUCUGAACAAAAGAGGAGAUUAAAAACUGAAGAAAAUACAAGCAAGCUAAUAGCGCAUGAAGAAAAAGUUAUUGCAGAUUUAGAGAUGAGGAUAAAAGAGGAACAAAAUAAGCCUAUUGGAAAAGGUAAAUAUAUGGAGCAAAGAGAAGAAACUACCCAAUUAUCAUUGAGCCAAGAGCAAUCAGCAAGGAAACUUGCCAAAUCUGUAUUGCAGAAUAUCUAUGAUUGUGUGAUAGAAGUUUAUGUAAGUCACAAAUAA